AUGGAUGUGCGCAUCAGAUUCUCAGAUGGGAAAUCAUACUACCUUAAAUUAUGGUAUUUUGAUACCAUACUAGAAAUCAAGAAAAAGAUCCGUAAAUACUUGGGCAUACCAAUCUUCAGACAAAAACUAUACGACCGCAAUAGCCGUGGCUUAAGAGACGACCGCGAUACCGAAUUUUAUAAUAUUAUCCAAGGAACUACGCUUCUGCUGCAGGUUAUUAAUCCUGGAAACAGAACUCGGGACAGUGAUAAUGAAGAUGAAAAUGACAACAGUUAUACAGCUUUUUCUUCAAGAACUAUGAUUCGAUUGCUUAUAAAAGUUGAAUUGACGAAGAGAAAGUUUAAGCUUGCGAUGGAGCCAAGUGACACAGUAGGAUUUCUGAGAGCCAAGAUUUGUGAACAGGAAGCACUUCCGAUUAUUCGACUCGUACUGAAUUCAGGUGCGGCGUUAGGUGAUGAUAAUAAAACGUUGAGUCAUUACGGAUUGGUUGCAUAUUCUAGAGGUAAUAACAGUAUUUGCCGUGAUCAUCAAGUGCAUUUGUUUGGAUUAUCUAGGACACUAAUUUUGAUUGUUGACUAA